UCGAACUUUCAAACCUUCUCUUUCUUCCAUUUCCAUGGCCAAAGUGUACCCUCAAUCAGCGCCGUCGCCGUCGCCGUCGCCGUCGUCUUCACCGCUCUGUUCCGAAACCGAAACCUUCACGAUUUGGAUGAAAUCUCUGAUUUACCACACAAAUGGCUGCACCGUCUUCGACUCCAAUGGCGACAUCGUCUACAGAGUCGAUAACUACGACAGAAAAUGCAGCCGCGAAGUUUUUCUCAUGGAUCUCAGAGGAAAAGUUCUUUUCACCAUCAGAAAAAAGAAAUUCUCGUUUCUUCGAGGAUGGGAGGGAUACCGAUGGAUCGAAUCAGAGAGAAGUAUGAACCCUAGCUUUCGUGUGAGGAAAUUGUACAGAUCCAGAUCGCGGAUGAGGAAUGAAUCGAUCUGCGAAAUUAGUGUGGGAUUCGAGAGAUUUUCAUUGGUGAAAAUGGACGGAAAACUCGCUUUCAGAAUAAUCAAUAUCAACGGAGAAGUAGUUGCAGAGGCGAAACGAAAAGUUUCAAGUAAUGGAAUUCUGUUGGGAGAUGAUGUUCUGAGUUUAAAUGCAACCUCUCAGAUUGAAAGAUCUCUGAUUAUGGCAUUGGUGACUGUUUAUGGCUUAAUCCGUCGCCAAAUGUAAAUUUUGUUAGUUUAUUUUUGAAGAUCAUACAAAUUUUCCCUUUUCUUUCACAGAUUUUAGUUUGUUUCAUUUAGGUUUUUGGUUUCUUGUAAAGAAUUAAUGUAGAAGUAGAAGUUACCGAGGAAAUACAAAUAAAUAUUUCAUUCAUAAA